AAGAACAUAAGAAGAAGACAACACGGAUGUAGAACGGGGAGAGCAAGUAAAAAAAAAAAAAAUAUAUAUAUAUAUAUAUAUAUAUUACAUUCCUUCUUCGUGGACGAAUUAUAGUUAGGCGAAUAAAACCAGAGAUUAAGAGGUUCUUUUGACAAUAAUAAUACCACUACUACAAGUCUACAAAAAUGUAUAAAUUACAGUCUUUGAAUUCGUUUCUUUCCGAGUGUUUAACGGCGGCGGCAGUGGAGAUUUUGGGGGCAAUUGAGAAAGUAGUAGCUGAGUACCAGGAGGAGAUAUCCCGAUCUAAAGAGGAGAUUGAUAGUCUACGGAGACAGCUAAGGAUUACACCGGAGAAAAAACUAUAUAGAACAGACUCCCAGCAGCUCUCUCUCCCUGACUCUGAAGAGGUUCCCCUUGAGCAACAACACUGUGAGCAGGAGUGGUGCCCCACUCGUGGACAGGAGGAACCAGGGCCGUCACAGAUUAAAGAGGAACAGGAGGAACUGAGGACCAGCCAGGAGGAAGAGCUGGAGGGUAAUACCAUAGAGUUUAUAUUUAGUGGUCCCUGUGUGAAAAGGGAAUGGGAUCAUGAGGCCUUAAGCAGCAGCUCAAUUGUAAUUAGUGACCAAGUAAGACCAAGUAAACCACCAUUGGAUCCCACACCACCAUUGGGGGAACACUGUUCUGAGCUCAGCACCAUGUCUAAAAAAUCUCACUACUGCGGCAAAGUAUUUCCACUGAAAGCUGACCUUCAGAGGCAUGUGACUCUCGCCAGGGAGAGACCCAUUGAAUGCCCCUACAACGCCACAUGUAAACUGAAGGCCCAUGUCCCACUCUGUCACGGUGGGAAACCCUGCCCUGUUUGUGGCAAGACCUUUAAAAACAACGACCAUCUAUCCCAGCACAUGAGGAUUCAUACACGGGACAGGCCAUUUAGCUGUGGUGACUGCGGAAAAAGUUUCUAUAGCAAGGGGCUGCUGAACGUGCAUAUACAGACUCAUAAAGGAGAGAAACCAUUCAUCUGUGGAUACUGCGGGAAAAGCUUCUAUCAGAAGGGGAAUCUAAACCAACAUUUACGGACUCACACAGGAGAGAAACCUUUUAGCUGUGGUAACUGUGGAAAAAACUUCAGUCGAAAAACACACCUGAGCAGGCAUAUCCUGACUCACACAGGUGAGAAACAGCAUGGCUGUUCUGUGUGUGGUAGAAGAUUCGCUGAGAAUGCUGACCUGCUGAAGCAUGUGGAUAAAGUACACAAAUAACAAAACCAGGAUCAAAACCGAAUGGAGAAGACAAUCAGAACACAGACAUCUAUCACAAGAUGGGAAUUAAAACGCAGGAUGUGGACACACACUGGAUCAUUCAUGCUGUAGGUUUCAAAUGAAUAGACCUACCCUGUUGAAACAUUAGCCAAUUAACAAUUUGGUUGUUUGUUUUGGAAUGUCUCAGGGUGAAAAGAUAAUUUUCAGACUUUUUAUACAUGAAAACUUUGAACUUUCCAGAAAAUGGUAUCCUUGAAUUUGAGUAUUUAUCUUGACCCAAUGGUCCAUUCUGUCCUAAUGCUACUCAUCCAUGAUAUUAUAGCGAUAUAUUGUAGUUGCAAUAGUUUUGCGGUGAAACUGCCAUGUCCGUUGGUGAUAUUACAACAGAUGUUACUUCAAUGACUAACACUGCUUAUUUUUUUUCUCGGACAUUGUUGCACACUUGAUAGAACAGCAGAGUACGUACCGCGAUUUUAAAUAAAUAAAUGAACAAAACAAUAACAAAUGCACCUGGAGCAACCAGUGGCGCUGUUUCACCUUUCGCGGAUCUCAGCUUUAACCCAACACCUAGCAACCUUGUCACGCGAUUGGAACCUCUUGGCGUAACAGUUAAGGUGUUGGCUUGACAGUCGCUAGACCCCAGUUCGAGUAUCAUUGUGUAGCAAAGGCUCUGUCCCGUUAACUGUACACUCCUGUGUGUGCACCUCCUGAGAGCACCUAAAACUGGUUCCCUUGUUAAAUACCUGGUUCUAUUUAUUAUGUCUUGUAAUGGAAACUGUUUACCAUUUUAAGAACCAAACAGAGCAAAGGGAACAAAACGGGGAGGGACCUAUCUAAAUGUGUCCAAUAAACUCUUGUUUUUGUUGCAAAAUGUUUUCAGUUUGUAGUAAACGGUCUGUUGCAAAACGUUUUGCCACAGAAUCGGUUUAAUGAAUACACCCCUGGGUUUCUUUGUCUUUUGGUUCAGUGGCAACAUGAGGAUAUUGUUUCGAUAUGCAUUGAAAUGAUCUAAUCAUAAAACUAUGGUGGAUAUAUUUUGUAAAUGUUUUGGAGUUAAUUAUGGUUUAAGAACUAUGAGAAUUAUGACUAAUAGGUUUUAUAUAAUGAUGAUGAAUCUCACUGCAAUUAUGUAAUGUUGAAGUCAUUAUCAUGAUUAUUCUGGUUUGGAUGCUGGUUCUGAAAUGUGUUGGAAAUAAUGAUGUUGAUAAUCAUGAUAAUUUUACCUAUACCCAUCAUGAGGUUUCUACAACCCAUCCUAUGAAUGAACGUUUAUAAUGUACAGUACCAGUCAAAAGUUUGGACAACUCCUCAUUCAAGGGUUUUUCUUUAUUUUUACUGUUUUCUACAUUGUAGAAUAAUAGUGAAGACAUCAAACUGGUACUGUAGGUGCACACUUGUCAAUACACAUUCAAUACCGCCUUGCACACUUUUGCCUGCAUCUAGCUGAUAAAGGGUGUAAUCAUUAGUCCAACAGUUGCAAAUUAGAGUUUCUAUUGGACAAAAUCAUGUAUGUUUAUCCCUGUUAUGUUCUGUUUUAAGAUUUAUUUUCAACAGAAUAGGCAGAAUGAAUACACCCCUUAUCACAUGUAAACACAGUUCAUUUUCAUAACAGCCACGUUGUAUUCCUUCUCGCAUCUAUGCGCUCUACUCCUCUCACCUUUUCCCUUCGUUGCUUGUGGACAUCAAUGCACAACUCAUCAGCUGUAUGUGACCAGGCGAGACAACCUUUCCAAGCCAAACCAUAUCAUAAAGUAACGACAUAGUCAACAUAGCUCAUAGAACGAAUGCAUUAUAGUAAACCUGCUACAACCAUGCAGUAACGUUAGUGUACAGUCAGUAAGCAGUUUAGCUCUUACACAGGCGGGCCCCGGGGGCAGAUGCAUUUUUAAAACCGAAAGCUUACCUUGACUUGCAAGAAUUCCAGUGUUGUUGGAUAAUCAUAGACAGCUAGCUAAUAUAGCAUCCCUCUGUUUGAGUAGGCUAAACUAGCUAGCUACAUUUGCUAGCUAAGUGAAACUGAAAGUGAGAAAAAAAGACACUUCUCCAUUUUGGAAGAAAUUAAUUUGUUCAAAACUGUUCAACUAUUGUCUUUCUCUGAGUAAACUACUCUAUCUUACUCUA